UGCUUUUAAGAACCGGCGACUGGCCGUGGGCUCAGUCGGGGGUGCGGGGCUGUGACCUACAGGCUUCGGUGCGGAUCCUCCAGGCGUUCGCGCGCGCCAGCUGUCCUUGCGGCCGCCUGCGCGCUGCCCGCCCGCCCGCCCGCCAGGGGCUCCGCCGCCCUCGUUUCGGCCUCGUUAGCCCGCCAGGAGUCCCGCAGCUCCUCCGGGAGCCCGCUGGUAACUCGCGUCCCUCGCGCUCCUCCAGCGCCUGAGGGGGCCGCCUCGGGCCAUGGUGCUCUCCCAGGAGGAGCCGGACUCCGCGCGGGGCACGAGCGAGGCACAGCCGCUCGGCCCAGCGCCCACGGGGAUCGCUCCGCCGCCCGGCCCGGGACCCUCGGACAGCCCCGAGGCUGCUGUCGAGAAGGUGGAGGUGGAGCUGGCGGGGCCGGCGGACGCGGAGCCCCAUGAGCCUCCUGAGCCCCCCGAGGGCGGCUGGGGCUGGCUGGUGAUGCUGGCGGCCAUGUGGUGCAACGGGUCGGUGUUCGGCAUCCAGAACGCUUGCGGGGUGCUCUUCGUGUCCAUGCUGAAAACCUUCGGCUCCAAAGACGAUGACAAGAUGGUCUUUAAGACAGCAUGGGUAGGUUCUCUCUCCAUGGGGAUGAUUUUCUUUUGCUGCCCAAUAGUCAGCGUCUUCACAGACCUAUUUGGUUGUCGGAAAACAGCUGUCAUGGGUGCUGCUGUUGGAUUUGUUGGGCUCAUGUCCAGUUCUUUUGUCAGUUCCAUCGAGCCUCUGUACCUUACCUAUGGAAUCAUAUUUGCCUGCGGCUGCUCCUUUGCAUACCAGCCUUCAUUGGUCAUUUUGGGACACUAUUUCAAGAAGCGCCUUGGACUGGUGAAUGGCAUUGUCACUGCUGGCAGCAGUGUCUUCACAAUCCUGCUGCCUUUGCUCUUAAGGGUUCUGAUUGACAGCGUGGGCCUCUUUCACACACUGAGGGUGCUCUGCAUCUUCAUGUUUGUUCUCUUUCUGGCUGGCUUUACUUACCGACCUCUUGCUACCAGUACCAAAGAUAAAGAGAGUGGAGGUAGCGGAUCCUCCCUCUUUUCCAGGAGAAAGUUCAGUCCUCCAAAAAAAAUUUUCAAUUUUGCCAUCUUCAAGGUGACAGCUUAUGCAGUGUGGGCAGUUGGAAUACCACUUGCACUUUUUGGAUACUUUGUGCCUUAUGUUCACUUGAUGAAACAUGUAAAUGAAAGAUUUCAAGAUGAAAAAAAUAAAGAGGUUGUUCUCAUGUGCAUUGGCAUCACUUCAGGAGUUGGACGACUACUCUUUGGCCGGAUUGCAGAUUAUGUGCCUGGUGUGAAGAAGGUUUACCUACAGGUACUCUCCUUUUUCUUCAUUGGUCUGAUGUCCAUGAUGAUUCCUCUGUGUAGCAUCUUUGGGGCCCUCAUUGCUGUGUGUCUCAUCAUGGGUCUCUUCGAUGGAUGCUUCAUUUCCAUUAUGGCUCCCAUAGCCUUUGAGUUGGUUGGUGCCCAGGAUGUCUCCCAAGCAAUUGGAUUUCUGCUCGGAUUUAUGUCUAUACCCAUGACUGUUGGCCCACCCAUUGCAGGGUUACUUCGUGACAAGCUGGGCUCCUAUGAUGUGGCAUUCUACCUUGCUGGAGUCCCUCCCCUUGUUGGAGGUGCUGUGCUUUGUUUUAUCCCAUGGAUCCAUAGUAAGAAGCAAAGAGAGAUCAGUAAAACCACUGGAAAAGAAAAGAUGGAGAAAAUGUUGGAAAACCAGAACUCUCUGCUGUCAAGUUCAUCUGGAGUGUUCAAGAAAGAAUCUGACUCUAUUAUUUAAUAUCUUACAUACCUCCACCAGACUGGACUUGCUUUUUGAAUUUUAAGCAAGUUUCCUUUCCUUUUAUACGAAUUGCAAAUUUCAUAUUUUUUUAAUCACAUCCUAGGAAUAGCACAAUAAUUGGGAAAUAGAACCCUUAUCACUGCAAGAACCAUUUUCUGCCACUGAAUAUCUCUGAUCUUUCCAUGAGUCUGAGGGCAGAGACUCUGGUAUAUGAAAACAUGUCUGAAAGUCACAUAUUGUGAAAAUUUGAAGCUAUCUCAGUAAAAAGCAACUUUGGAAACUGUGAAUGAUCUUUAGCUUGUACAAAUAUUUAAAAAUACCUCAAGCUAUACUGAAAGGGUUGCAGUUUGGUUAGGAGUGGAAAUAUUUUGUUUAUUAAUGAUGUCUUCAGUUCUGGUACCUCUGUUUUACUUUCUUAUGCUCUUUGGAAACUUUUUGCAAAAUUUAAGCCUGGGUUCUAGGUAAUACCAGAUCUACUUAAACCUCCAGUUUGUGUUAAAGUUGCUUUCCUGCUGUUAAAUAAGCUAUGAUAUUAAGAUAUUCUGACUUGCUCCAGUGUCAAGGGCUCUUCUGGGAGCAGGUGCUACCAAUGUGUUCAGAAUCAAUACGUGAAAUGAAAAGGAUCCUCUUCAGGAGGAUCCUGAGCUGUUCAGAAAUCAUUUAAGUUUACAGCAUUGUUCCCUUUGCGUUUGCAGUGUGUUUUACUCAAGUAGCCAGAAACACCCUACGUUUCUGAAUUGUUUAAAUUGUAACAAUAAAGUAAAAUAGAAUGCAUGAAAGAUAUUCUGGCAAUUGUAACUUAGAAAUCUUCUGACUUCCAGAUUUGUUAGCCCUAGAACCUGAUAUUUAAACAAAGUCUUACUUAGCAGUUAUCAAGUGGCAGUUAUAGGCAGAAAUUGGUGGAGGCCGGAGGAUGGGGAGGGGGGCAAAACCCUUUAUAUUUGUGAAGAAAAUAUCUGUAGCUGAUAGAAAUAAUUGCUUAAAUUGGUUUAUGAAAUUAAUGAGUCUGAAAAGGUUAAAAGCACUUAUAAAAAGAACCAAGUCCUACAUUUCCAGAACUUUCUGACAAAAAUUUUCACUCAUAUUAUGAACACUAGUGUGUUCCCUAUGAACUUUCCCAUUAUAUUUUUGCUAUUUAUAUACAGAUUAUCAUAAGAAAGCUUUCAGUUUGAGGACCAAAAAUUAAAACCAAAGUCAUGCUGUGACCCAUACUCAUUUACAAAAACAAGAACACUUUCCUAUAUCCCUAAAAUUAUGCUUUAGUGCUUGAGACCUUUAAAAGGUAGUGCUUUUCAUCGUGAAGACAUUCAGCAACUUACUUUGUCAUACACGCAGUUGUACCUUACCACUUCUAAUAGUUUCAUAUUUCAUAUUCAGGGGACUUAGAUAAUUUGCCUGUGAAAAAAAAAUCUACAUUUUGACCAUACUACCUUUUCAUGUUCUUAUAAGUUUUUAGAAAAUGAUUUCAUUCACUCAUGUCCAGUUAUAUAAAAUGUUACUUUCUCAUUUUUGAGAAGUUCAACAAAACAUACAACUAAGACCAAUCAUCAAACCCACUAUUAUAAAUGUUCAUUUUGGCUGGGUAAGGUGGCUCAUGCCUAAAAUCUCAGCACUUUGGGAGGCUGAGGAGGGAAGAUCGCUUGAGCCCAGGAGUUUGAGACCGGCUUGGGCAACAUAGCAAGAUCCUGUCUCUACUAA